CGCCGCCACUGCCGCCGCCUCCUCGGUCCCGCGCAAGUGUUCGUCGCGGCGCAACGCGUGGGGCAACCUGUCGUACGCCGACCUGAUCACCCGCGCCAUCGAGAGCGCCCCGGACAAGCGCCUCACGCUCUCGCAGAUCUACGACUGGAUGGUGCGCUGCGUGCCCUACUUCAAGGAUAAGGGCGACAGCAACAGCUCGGCCGGCUGGAAGAACUCAAUCCGGCAUAACCUAUCACUUCAUAGUCGAUUCAUCAGGGUGCAGAAUGAAGGAACCGGGAAAAGCUCUUGGUGGAUGAUCAACCCAGAUGGUGGGAAAGGAGGGAAGGCCCCAAGGAGACGUGCUGUUUCCAUGGACAAUAGCAACAAGUACACUAAGAGCAGGGGGCGAGCAGCUAAGAAGAAGGCAACCCAACAAGCCGCACAAGAAGUGAGUGAUGACAGCCCUUCUCAGCUUUCCAAGUGGCCAGGGAGCCCAACAUCCCGUAGCAGCGAUGAGUUGGAUGCCUGGACAGAUUUUCGAUCUCGUACAAAUUCAAAUGCCAGUACGAUAAGUGGCCGCUUGUCACCCAUAUUGGCAAGUACUGAACUGGAUGAUGUUCAGGAUGAUGAUGCUCCACUGUCCCCAAUGCUGUACAAUAGUCCAUCAAGCUUGUCCCCAUCAGUAAAUAAGCCGUGUACAGUUGAGUUGCCUCGGCUAACCGAUAUGGCAGGCACAAUGAACUUAAACGAUGGACUGACGGAUAAUCUCAUGGAUGAUCUUUUGGAUAAUAUAACGCUCCCCUCUUCCCAGCAGUCACCUUCUGGGGGGCUGAUGCAAAGAAGCUCAAGUUUUCCGUAUGGCUCCAAAGGUUCGGGUCUUGGUUCUCCAUCCAGUAGUUUCAACAAUGCUGUGUUUGGACCAUCCUCUCUGAAUUCCCUCCGCCAGUCUCCCAUGCAAACUAUACAAGAGAACAAGCAAGCUACCUUUUCCUCCAUUUCUCAUUACAACAACCAGACGCUUCAGGACCUGCUGGCAUCUGAUUCGCCUAGUCACAGUGAUGUCAUGAUGACGCAGUCGGAUCCGCUCAUGUCACAAGCCAGCACUGCUGUGUCUGCCCAAAACUCACGCAGGAAUAUAAUGCUUCGUAAUGACCCAAUGAUGUCAUUUGCUGCUCAGUCCAGCCAGGGAAGUUUGGUCAGUCAAAACCUGCUCCACCACCAGCAUCCAUCUCCGAAUUCUCCUCUUAGUGGCAGCCGUGCCUUGUCGAAUUCAGUCAGUAACAUGGGCUUAAAUGACACGAACAGCUUGGGGUCAGCCAAACACCAGCAGCAGUCACCUGUCAAUCAGUCUAUGCAAACACUUUCUGAUUCACUCUCAGGCUCUUCUUUGUAUUCUGCUGGUGUGAACCUUCCAGUCAUGGGACAUGAUAAAUUCCCAAGUGAUUUGGACCUGGAUAUUUUCAAUGGGAGCUUGGAAUGUGACAUGGAGUCCAUUAUCCGCAGUGAGCUCAUGGAUGCAGACGGGUUGGAUUUUAAUUUUGAUUCCCUCAUCUCAGCUCAGAACGUUGUCACUCUAAAUGUGGGGAACUUCACUGGUGCUAAACAGGCUUCAUCACAGAGUUGGGUGCCUGGCUGAAGGACUGCUGGGAACAGAGGAAAUGGGCAAAGCAGGAAGGACAAUCAGCAUCCUCUUCUAUAGAGAGAGAAGCAAUACAAUGUCUUGGGCCUAAUGUGCCAGAAUAAUGUGUAUCCCAAGAGCCAGACAUCUUACUGUGGCUCUGGGCAAGUCUUUAAUCCCAGAAAAAUCCCUCAAGAUGAUCACAUGCAGAGUCUGGGUCAGCACAAAGUCAGAAUGUUCAAAACAAGAAAACAAAUCUCUUCACAUACAGCCCUGAGCGUCAGAAAUGGGCGCUGACAAGUCCCAAUCCCAAUGGCAAUACCAGGCCCUUAAACUGACACGAGACAUAAAGAGAGAACACUUUGCCAAAUCUGCUGUCAGCAAGUGGACAGUACUGUUUACAGCUUAUGACCUUUGUGAACCCUGCAUAAUUUUCCUAAUGAAGCUGAGACUGUUAAUGGGCCCCAUACCCGAGUGAAGAUCCUCCCGUUUUGGAACUGAACUCAUUCUGAAGUAUGCAAAAUCUUCCUUUUCUGGGAUGGUCAAGCACCUAUUGUGGAGACAGUGUUGAACACCAUCCUGUCAAAAACACACUGUAUAGCCUUUACAGUAGUUAUUUGUCAUUGAGUCUGUGGUGUUUCAAUAUAUUAAUGGUUUAUGGGAUGUUUUAAGUUGGCGUUUAUUUUCAGGGGGUUUCCCCAUCUGCCCCCAAAAUCUCCAAUUUGUUUAUUUUUAUUUAGAUGUUUAAAUCAUUUUCUUUUUCUCUCCCUGGUGAAUCUAAGAUACAGCAGAUGCACAAUGAAAGUCCAUGCUAAUUACCAUCACUUAACAUUGCUUCCGACACCAACAGGUCCUGAGUAUGCAUCUUUUGCUACACCAAUCAAGAGUGAAUGAAUUCCAGAGAGAGGUGAUUUGUGUGUGGUUUUUCUUGUUUGUUUGUUGAUUUUUUUUCCUCAAAUCUUUUAUUAAAUAUAAAUGGUACACAUCUGUUUUUCAUAAGCUUCAAACCAGGGUUGAUUAUAAAACAAGGGAAACUAUUAAGGUUGAAUCCUGUCCAGUGCAUCCUGAGCUAGGAUACUUUUCAUAGUGUUUACAGAUUCAGCACCUGAUUUGCUGUAAAACAGAUCAGUCUCACCUAUUGCUUUAUGUUAACACCACUGCCCUGAUGGCUGCAGUGAACAGAGUUGAGCUAUCUCAGCAGUUCGGAACAAGCUAUAAGCUGAGUUGCCCACCCCUUGCCAAGCAAGUUGAACAUAACUGGUGAGGAUCUGGUUUUAAAAAAGAAAAACAGAGGAAAUGAUAAUGUACUAUAUUGCAGAAAAGAUACACUCACAGUGCACACAUCAGCAGUGACUUGUAGCAGAAACCUCAGAAGUUCAAACACAAAUCAAUGCAGGGUUAGCUUAUUGCAUCAGUGAUUUUUCUUACAAACAUAUCCUUGAUUAUUUUUUUCCUUCUCACUAUGCGUAAUCCAAUCUGGACGAAGAAGCAAGGAGAGGGAAAGGCAAGGAAGCAAUAUCAUACAAAUGACUUUUCAUGUAGGUGUAGAUUGUAAUUGGAUAAAUGACACUGAAAGAUGAGGCAGUUUUAUAUAUUUUGCUUAUAUGGGUUUCUUUUGUAAAAUGAAUAAUAAUGAAUGAAUAAUAAUGAAUAAAAGGUAUGGUGCUGUAUAGAUCCUCUCUAUAAUCUGGAAAAUUUGAUUACUUUUUAUUAGUAUAUUGUGGGGGGGGGAGGAAUAAAGGGGAGAAAACACCAAUGGUACAUAAGAACUUGCUAUGAAAAAGCUCUGAAUAGGACAGUGUAUACAUAAUUCUCCAAAGUGAUAUAUGAAGUUUUUUUUUCUUUGCAUAAAAGCAUUAUGCAUAUAAAUAUAUAAAUAUAUUUUAUUAUGUACAGAAACAGAUCAUUAUGCAUGAAUGUUAGAAAGACAAGCUAGCAUUUUAACCCAAAGUUUCAGUGCAUGAGUUCCCACUGACACAUGUACCAUGCAAUGUGGAGUGACUCCUUUUGGCCACCAUGCACACACCCCUACACACAAGUGCACGCACAGAGACUCUUGCACCUGUACCCAUUUGUGGGCCCCAUCUUGCUCCUUACUUUUCAGUUUCCUGAGGUAAUACCGGUGAUAUAACAGCUCCUAGUGUGAUGGAAGUUUUGUUUUGUAUUGUAACCUCCUCAUGCUUGUGCUGUUCUAUUUUCUAGAUGAACCUGCUGAUUUCAUCAUGCAGUUUACUGCCUAUGUAAACUCUGUGCAGUUGUGGUUAUAGUAGACCCCUAGCAUAUCAACUCUUCCAAGCAGCUGAGAGUUUAUCAAUAAAAACAGCAAACCUUUCUUUUUUUAAUUAAGGUGGUGUAUUUGUUAAUGGCAGAUUCUAGUUUAGGGAAUUUUCUUCAUCAGAAUUAACUAAUGAACAAUAUUGGUGUCUCCCCUUGAGAAGAUACUUCUUGUAGCCAGUUCUCCAGGUUGAUAGUGUUGUCCUACAGUUAUCUGUUUUAGGGGUCUGUUUCUCUUAAGAGUUCAGGUGUAGGUAUCGUUUACCAAAGUUAGUAUAGAGCUUCAUGACAGUUGUUCAUUGCACUCAAAGUGUGUAACGUUAUCCGCCAAGUUUUUAGGUACAUCGUUAAAUGUGAGUUAGGCUGAGGGUAUUUUUUAAAUUUUUUUUGGUCCUCUAUCACAUUGCUCUUGCGGACUGGAGGAAUUCUUUUCUUCAAGCCACUCCACAGCUGCUACUCCAGUACUCGGGCCACACUUAGCCUUUGCGCUGCCUCUGUGUCCCUUCUGCAGUGAGGAAUGGCUGGCUUCAUUUCCUGGAUCCCUGCUGUACAGUCACAGAUUGCAAGUGAACUCUACACAUUCAGAUGUUCACCCCUGCAGCCCUCCCACAAUCUGCCCCAACUGCACCCCACUUCCACGUUUUGAAGGAGAGAGGGACUGAAGUUGGUGAGCAGAAAUUGGUUCCAGAUUUACAGCUGUACACAAUUCUGCAAUCUUUAUUCAGUAGAAGUCUCCCCUGAAAGCCAGUGGAGCUAUCUUCAUAGGGAUGGCAGAAUUGAGUCAUGACUGCCUACUGAUAACUCAGAACAAGUUGUGUUCAAUGUUAGGCCUGAGGGGACAUGAACUAGUGGCUUUAGGUUUUUAUAGGUAUGGAAGCUAGUCUUGUCAAAUGGAAGGGAAGGAGUUUGUUUGAACAGACUAGGCCAAAUUCUGCUGUGUUAAAGCAAUCAGAAUGCAGAAUAACUCCACUGAAAUAAGUAGAGUUAAAUCUGGAUUUACAAUGGCAUAGAUGAGAGAAGAGAAUGUGAUCCUCUCUGUUUAGACUAUGAAGGAAAAGCAGUUGAUUCAGAGGCAACCAAUCAAUGGCAGAGAAGCUAAAAAAUUCCUAAAUUUUUUGUUAAAUGAUGGGCUUGAUCCUACUCCUUCUGUAUCUGAUGGUGUCACUUUCAUUGGCCUGCGUAGUGUAGGUUGGGCCUCCUUUGUAGAGGAAGAGCCUGUACUCGCUGGGGAGAGGUGGACACUUAUUAGGACUUUUCUGUCUCUAAUUUCAGUGGCCAAAAUUUUGAAACUUAAGUGCCUCAAGUCAAGCAACCAAGACUGGGAUUUUUAAAAGGAUCUGGAGGAGUUAUGUGCUCUACUCAUUGCUUUUCAGUGGGAGUAGUGUACCUAAUUCUUACUGCCUUGUUGGAAAAAUUCCAGCCUUUAGAUGUAGGUGCUUCCAGAGGUGCUGAAUAAUCACAAUUCUUAUAGAAUUCAAAGAGCCACUGUCAAGUAUGGAUUUAAAGUGACUAACUUCACAAAUCUGCAUUUUUUUUAAAUUUGGCCUUUGUUCCAUGAAUGCUUUUAAGGAGUAAAACUUUCCUCCUGUAAUCAUGUCCGACAGGUAGUCUCAGAAGAAAUAUAUAGGACAUUAAAUUCUUUGUUUAAAAAGUUCUGAAAAAGGUCAUGUUUAUGCAGUUUGGACAAUUGCAUGCGUCUGUUUUUAUUUAAUAUUCUUUGGGAAACUUGUUGUAUUAAUAAUUGGUUAUUGGCCACUGCCUAACUCCAUAAAUAAUUGUAUGAGUGCUUUAAAAAGCAACAUUUUAGGAUCUGUAUUUCUUUAAAAUAAUGGCAUUGCUUGGCAAUCAGUCACCUACAAUUGUUUUAGUACUUAGUGUACAUUAGGAAUGCCAACAGAGGCGAAGGGGGACCAGAUAUAGUUAGUUAAUAUGGGUUGGAAAACAGGAUUGUGCAUUUGGCUUAAUAUGUUAAACUUUUUUUUAAAAGUUGCAUGAUUGGAAAAAAUAUGUAUACAGUAUCUGUAAAACUGUUUGAUCUGUUUUUGUUUCAAUCCAUAUACAACUGGAAGAAUAUUAAAUUCACAGCCUUAUAGUGUAUGGCUGAAUACAAACUGAAAAACUGAACAGUAUCCAUUUUCAUUUGGACUAUGUUUUACUUUCAUUUGAAAGGAGACACUAUCAUGUUGCAUUCUUUCUAAGGUUUUUUUUAAAUAAUAAUAAUAAUAAAUGCUGCCCUGGAUGAAUAUACUACCUUGCUACACAAAGAUUGGAAACAAGUUUGUUUUGGGAAUCUCCCCCUUUCCAAAUGAAGUAGAGAUGCAGUGCUUACUCCACUCGGUGUUCGUAGAUAUUGCCUUGUGUAUUCCAUUUUAAAUUGUAAUCUAGUUUGUAAAAGAGAUGGUGACGCAUGUAAAUAAAGCAUAAUGGAUCUCUAUA